GUAAACCACACCGUCCUGGAUCAGCCCUGGAGGAGCACGGAUUGUUCCAACACUGAGUGUACCCAUGGACAAUGGAUGGGUGAUGUAAAUCUUGAAGUGGGAUGGUACAGAUUUGACAGUUCUGGAGGAUGGAAGAUUCCCGAGACGGUCAUUCCAUACUAUCGCUGCUCCGGGGAGAAACCAGGCUGGUUAAACGGUCCCCAUCCCAACGUGGGAGAGGGGGAGGUGACCAGGACCGUCUGCUUCACUGUGGGUGAAAACACCUGUCCCUGGAGACGGGAGAUCAGGGUGAAAAACUGCUCCGGUUACUUUGUGUAUCGGUUGUGGCCGACUCCCUGGAGUACCGCUGUGUACUGUACAGAACCUCUGUCGGACACAACUGAGGAACGCCAGGGAUCGGUGACCGGAGAGCCUGGUCCAGGGUUGACCACCAGCCCAGCAGGGUCUGUGAGCUCAGGUACAGAUUCCCAGUCAGACACAACUUGGGAAGCCCAGGAAACAAUGACAGGAGAGCCUAGUCUGGGUUUGACCAGCAGCCCAGCAGGGUCUCUGAGCUCAGGCCUGGAGACUUCAACACUGGAUCAGUCUACAGGAAUGUCUACUGGAGAACACACACAGGAACUGUCCUCUGUCCCAGCGGGAGACACAUCCUCAGAUUUCCAUUCUGACACAACUUGGGAAUCCCUGGGACCACCAACCGGAGAACCUGGUCCGGGUUUGAACACAACCACAGCAGGGUCUUCAAGCUCAGACCUGGAGGUUUCCACAAUGGAUCAGCCCGAAGGAUCAUCUACAGGACAACCCACCCCAUCGCCAUCCUCUGUCUCAGUGGGACAGAGAUCCUCCGGUAGUUCCACAGGGAAACAGACCGAUGGGUCAGUGUCUGGAGAACACACCCAGAAAUCAUCUUCUGUUCCAGCAGGAGACACGAGCCCAGAUCCUGGGAAUUCCACAGGGAGAGAGUCUGAAGGGUCAUUCACUGGAAUCUUUUCCAAGAAAACGUCUUCUCUCCCAGCUGGAGGGACAACCUCAGGUAGUUCCACAGGGAAACAGACCGAUGGGUCAGUGUCUGGAGAACACACCCAGAAAUCAUCUUCUGUUCCAGCAGGAGACACAAGCCCAGAUCCUGGGACUUCCACAGGGAGAGAGUCUGAAGGGUCAUUCACUGGAAAUCUUUCCAAGAAAACGUCUUCUCUCCCAGCUGGAGGGACAACCUCAGGUAGUUCCACAGGGAAACAGACCGAUGGGUCAGUGUCUGGAGAACACACCCAGAAAUCAUCUUCUGUUCCAGCAGGAGACACGAGCCCAGAUCCUGGGACUUCCACAGGGAGAGAGUCUGAAGGGUCAUUCACUGGAAAUCUUUCCAAGAAAACGUCUUCUCUCCCAGCCGGAGGGACAACCUCAGGUAGUUCCACAGGGAAACAGACCGAUGGGUCAGUGUCUGGAGAACACACACAGAAAUCAUUCUCUGUCCCAGCAGGAGACACGAGCCCAGAUCCUGGAACUUCCACAGGGAGAGAGUCUGAAGGGUCAUUCACUGGAGACUUUUCCAAGAAAACGUCUUCUCUCCCUGCCGAAGGGACAACCUCAGGUAGUUCCACAGGGAAACAGACCGAUGGGUCAGUGUCUGAAGAACACACCCAGAAAUCAUCCUCUGUCCCAGCAGGAUACACGAGCCCAGAUCCUGGGAAUUCCACAGGGAGAGAGUCUGAAGGGUCAUUCACUGGAAACGUUUCCAAGAAAACGUCUUCUCUCCCAGCCGGAGAGACAACCUCAGGUAGUUCCACAGGGAAACAGACCGAUGGGUCAGUGUCUGGAGAACACACCCAGAAAUCAUUCUCUGUCCCAGCAGGAGACACGAGCCCAGAUCCUGGGACUUCCACAGGGAGAGAGUCUGAAGGGUCAUUCACUGGGAAUCUUUCCAAGAAAACGUCUUCUCUCCCAGCCGGAGGGACAACCUCAGGUAGUUCCACAGGAAAACAGACCGAUGGGUCAGUGUCUGGAGAACACACCCAGAAAUCAUCCUCUGUCCCAGCAGGAUACACGAGCCCAGAACCUGGGACUUCCACAGGGAGACUGUCUGAAGGGUCAUCCUCUGGAAAUUUUUCCAAGAAAACGUCUUCUCUCCCAGCUGGAGGGAUAACCUCAGGUAGUUCCACAGGGAAACAGACCGAUGGGUCAGUGUCUGGAGAACACACCCAGAAAUCAUCCUCUGUCCCAGCAGGAUACACGAGCCCAGGUCCUUGGACUUCCACAGGGAGACAGUCUGGAAGGUCAUCCACUGGAGAUUUUUCCCAGGAAACAUCUUCAGACCCAGCUCGAGAUACAGCCUCAGACCCGGCGAAUUCCAAAGGGAGCAGCCGGAAGCCGUCCUCUGGCCCAGAGAAAGAGACGUGCUCAGUGAAGGGGCUCCUGUCAAAGGACGAGUGUGAGGAGAUGAUCAACAGUGCCCAAGUGUUCAUUAUUGGGAAGAACAAACUGGGAAACCCCGAGGAGCGAGAGGCCUACAUCCGUCAGGUGCGUGAGAUGCUGAUGGAACAGCUCCCCUGCAAGCACGUCCUGUCCAAGAGUGAACACGACAGUGGGGGAGGAAAGUGAGAAGGAAAGUGUCAGAUUGUGAUCUUCCAACGUGUCACAGGCUGAUGGACGGUGGUGACGUGUGUGAGGUGUUCGUGGGGUGUGGAGUGGGGCACCAGGUGGUGGUUGUGGGAAGAUGGUGGGAAAUCUAAAUGUCAGUGAAAUAUCUGCAUGAGCGUGUAUCUGGUUGUUCUUCUGUCAUCUCUGUAGCUUAUCAACAAACAAGUUACUCUUCUGUUAGUUACCGAUUUGCAUUAUUUCUCAGUUCAAUGUAAUAAUGGCUUUAAUCCAAGUGAUGAAAGACACAUUAGUGUUCCUGUAAUGUGGCUCCAAUUAUUUCUGUAUUUCUUAUGCAUCCAGUGAUAUUGUGUUACUGGAGGAUGUACCACUGUUUUACUUCUACAUUGAUCAGUGAUUAAAAUUAAUACAAUAAAGACACAACAUUCAUGCACAUGUUGCCGGAUAACUUGCUGAUAAAGGAGACCAACCUGCACAGGCUACAGUGGUGGUAAUGGUGAUAGUGAGGGGAGUCUGAGGUUACCAGAAGGCAUAGGAGCAGAAUUAGGCCAUUCGACCCAUCAGUUCUGCUCUCCCAUUGCAUCAUGGCUGAUUUAUUUAUUAUCCCUCCCAUCCCCGUUCUCCUGCCUUUUCCCCAUAACCUUACUAAUCAAGAACCUAACAACCUCCACUUUAAAUAAACCAAAUGACUUGUCCUCCACAGGCGAAUGAAUUCCCCAGAUUCACCACCCUCUGGAUAAACAAAAUCCUCCUCGUAUCUGUCCUAAAGAGACAUCUAUCUGUUCUGAGGCUGUGGCCUCUGGUCCUAGACUCCUCGACUAUAAGAAACAUCCUCUCCAUGUCCACUUGAUAUAGGUCUUUCAAUAUUCGAUUGCUUUCAAUUAGAUCCCCUCUCAUUCUUCAAAACUCCAGCGAGUGAGGGACCAGAGCCAUUAAACACUCCUCAUACGGUAUCACUUUCAUUCCCAAGAUUAUCCAUAUCCCAGUGUAUCCUCUCAUGGACAUCUUUAUUGUGUGCAACUCCACCAAUUUUUACGUCAUGUGAAAAAAAAUGAGAUUAGAUCAGAUUAUGAGGACACUCAGUCCUCGUUUAUUGUCAUUUAGAAAUGCAUGCAUGAAUAAAUGAUACAGUGUUCCUCGUGAGUGAUAUCACAAAAUAAAAAAAAGGACAAACCAAGACCCACGCUGACAAAACCACAUAAUUAUAGCAUAUAGUUACAGCAGUGCAAAGCAAUACCGUAAGUCGAUAGACGCAGACCAUGGCUGUGGUUUUAAAAAAGUCUCAAGUCCCAAUCGACUCCAAUAGUCCGAUAAUAUCAGUCAGCAAAGGGAGAAACUCUCCCUACCACAAACUUCCAGGCACUAACGAUUAAUGCCUCGGAAGCACCCGACCACAGCAGAUUCUGAGUCCGUCCGAAAACUUCGAGCCUCCGACCAGCCCCCCCAAUACAGCCUCCCGAAUGCCAUUCUCUGCUGAGCGCCUUCGACCUCGUCCCGGCUGCCGAAACAAGCAAAGACAAGGUCUCAGAGGCCUUCUCCUCUGGAGAUUCUGGACCACACAGUAGCAGCGGCAGCGAAGCGGGUAUUUCAGAAAAAAUACAAAAAAACAACCCAUUUACAGUUUCAUGCAAAUCAUAGAACAUAGAACAGUACAGCAAAGUACAGCCCCUUUGGCCCACAUCUGCCAACCCAUUAACGUACUCCAGGAUCAAUCUAACCCUUCCCUCCGACAAGUCCUGCACUGUUCUAUCACCCAUGUGCUUAUCUAAGAGUUUCUUAAAUGUCCCUAAUGUAUUUGCCUCCACUGCCACCCCUGGCAGGAUGUUCCAUGCACCGACCACUCUGUGUGGAAAGAGAAAUUUACCUUUCCCCCUGAUACGUUCCUCCAAUCACCUUAAUAUUCUGUCCCCAUGUGUUGUCCAUUUCUGCCCUGGGAAGAGUGUCUUUGGCUGUCCACUCAAUCUGUGCCUCUUAUCUAUUUUUUUUGUAAUUUAUUGUUUUAUUGAAGUCCAUCAAAGAGCUCUAUCCAGCAUGUAUUUACCUUGGUUACAUUUUUAAGCGUCUUAUUAACAUAUUGUCACAUCUGUAAAUACCGAUAAAAAUCUUGUUUUUCUAAUAAGUGUUUCUUUUUAAGCAUUUCAAAACUGAACAGUGUUCCUUCUUUCAUUAUGUUGCAAAGAACUGUUAUUCCUUUAGCUGUCCAGUCCUUAAAUCUAGCAUCCAAUUUAUUUGGUGUAAAAUCCGAGUCAUAUGCACACCAUUUAAGAAUUGCAAUAUCUCCUUCUGGAUUAUAUUCUUUUAUAGUAGUUUUCCAUAUUUUAAGAGUCAAUUUCACCCAUGGGUUAUCAAUAGUAUUUAUGUACCUUUGCAGGUUGUUAUCAGACAAAAUUUCUUGUAUGGGGAUGGGAAGUACCCGCUCCUCAAUGUUUUUCCAUUGAGUGUCAUAUGAUGGGUUACACCAACAUAUCACAGCUCUCAACUAUGCUGUAAAAUAAUAAUCUCUAAGAGAAGGUAGGCCCCAUUCCCCCUUUUCCUUUGCUAAAUGCAAAGUUUUGAGACGAACUGUAGGCCUUUUACCCUGCCAAAUUGAGGGGUCUAUGGGAGGAGCCACAGGAGCAGUCAGCAGAGGGGCAUGUCCAGACAGGUAUACACAUAGUUUACCACACAAAUAUACCUUGAUAACGACGCAGACUGGGAGACUGUUUCGUGGAACACCUACACUCGGUCCGCCAGAAAAAGCAGGAUCUCCCAGUGGCCACACGUUUUAAUUCCAUGUCCCAUUCCCAUUCUGAUAUGUCUAUCCCUCCUCCUCUAUUGUCAAAAUGAAUCCAAACUCAGGUUGGAGGAACAACACCUUAUAUACCGGCUGGGUAGCCUCCAACCUGAUGGCAUGAACAUUGACUUCUCUAACUUCUGUUAAUGCCCCUUCUCCCCUUCUUACCCCAUCCCUGUCAUAUUUAGUUGUUUGCCUGUUCUCCAUCUCCCUCUGGUGCUCCCCCCCUUUCUUUCUCCUGAGGCCUCCUGUCCCAUGAUCCUUUCCCUUCUCCAGCUCUGUAUCACUUUCGCCGAACACCUUUCCAGCUCUGAGCUACAUCCCACCCCCUCCGGUCUUCUCCUAUCAUUUCGCAUUUCCCCCUCCCCCCACUACUUUCAAAUCUCUUACUAUCUUUCCUUUCGGUUAGUCCUGACGAAGGGUCUCGGCCCGAAACGUCGACAUCGCUUCUCCCUGUAGAUGCUGCCUAGCUUGCUGUGUUCUACCAGCAUUUUGUGUGUGUUGUUGAUAACAUCUUGUCCCAUUCAUUGAAAUGAUUUUGAUUAAUCUCAAUUGGUAGGGUCUGGAAGUGAUAUAACAGUCUGGGCAGUAUAUUCAUUUUAAUAGACUCAAUCCUUAAACUGAGACUGAAAAAAGGAAUCAGCUUCCAUCUUGCCACAUCUUUCUUAAUUUUUUAAUGUAAAGGCUGAUAAUUACAUUCGGAUAAUUUUGAAAGACUCUGUGUGCCUUGCCCAGGGGUAUCGACUUUUAAUUUCUCUUGGUGGGCUAUACUAAUAUGAAAGUAAUUGGGUUUUAUCUAUGUUGAUCUUGUAUCCUGAUAAUUGACCAUAUUGUUCAAAGGAUUGCAUCAAUUUAGAUAAAGAGUAUGUUGUUUGCCCUAGAUAGAUCAAAAUGUCAUCCGCGUAACAAGCCAAUUUAUGCUCUGUCCCUUUAAUAGUAAUUCCCCUGGUAUCAUAAUUUUGUCUGAUGCAUUGAGCUAAUGGUUCCGGAUAUAACGCGAAGAGUAGUGGAGACCAUGCACAACCCUGUCUCGUGCCCCUUUCUAGGGUAAGACUAUUUGAUAAAUAUCCAUUGAUUUUAAUCCUAGCAGUAGGAGUGUCUGUAUGGUUUUAAUAAUCGUGUCUUGGAAACCAAAUCUAUGUAAAACUCUGUAAAGAAAAUUCCAAUUAACCGAAUCAAAUGCUUUUUCAGCAUCCACGUUUAUCACCAUUGCUUCGAUUUUAUUUUUUUUGUAUAUGAUCCGUAAUGUGAAGUGUCCUUUGUAUAUUGUCUUGAGUCUGGUGUUGUUGUAUAAAACCUGUCUGAUCAUUACGUAUCAAUAAGGGUAGAAACUCCUCUAAUCAUUUGGCCAUGAUAGAGGUAAAUAAACUAUAAUCGACAUUAAGAACGGAUAUUGGUCUAAAUGACCUGCAUUCCAUUUGAUCCUUGCCUUCUUUCGGUAUAGCUGAGAUUAUCGCUUCCUUCCAACUGGGUGGCAUUUGUGCCUUUUUUAGAGCCCAUUUCAGUGUGGGGAGUGAAACAGGAAUUAACUCAUUUUUAAAUUCUUUGUACAGCUCUGCUAUAUACCCAUCUGAUCCUGGUGACUUGCUUAAUUUAAGCCGACUAAUUGCAGCUUUUAAUUCAACUUCAGUUAUGUCAGCAGUCAUCGUUCUAUUUUGUUCUUCGCUUAAAGUGGGUAACUCUAGAGAAUUCAGGAAGGUGUCAAUUUGGGUUAUGCUUCCCCCUGGAACUUCGGAAUAUAGAGUUUUGUAAAACUCUUCAAAAGCUUCUUGAAUUUCACUCAGCUUAUUUUUUAUCAUUUUCGUUUUUGGGUCCCUAAUUUUAUGAAUUGUAUUUUCUGCUAUCUUUUUUUUCAUUUUCCAUGCCAGUAUUUUCAUAGAUUUUGAUCCACUUUCAUAAUGUCUCUGUUUCAGAAGCGUUAAGUUUUUCCUGAUUUCUUGUGUAGCCAAAUUAUUUAUUUCAUUCCUAAUUCUUUUAAUUUCCCCUAAUGUAUCCUGUGCCAAAUUCAAUUUGUGUUUUUUUCUCUAGUUUCUUUUUGUAAUUCCUCUCAAGUUUUAUUCCUUAUUUUUUUCUUAUAUGAAGAUAUCGCUAUAAUUUUCCCUCUUAAGACCACCUUCAGAGUACCCCAUAAAAUGGGAGGUGAAAUCUCUCCAUUAUCAUUAAAUUCUAAGUAGAGACCAAUUUCUUUUUUAAUUUGUUCCUGAAAGUAUGGAUCAUUGAGUAGUCUUGAACUUAGUUUCCAAAUAGUAUUCUUUGGUUGUAGGUCAAAAUCAACAGAUAAAUAUAUAGGUGUAUGGUCACUUACAUCUAUUGUCCCAAUUCCACAGGUGUUUAUUUUGUCUUUGUCUUUUCCAAAUGUUAUGAAAUAGCCUAUUCUUGUAUAUAUAGAAUGGGGAGCAGAAUAAUGGGUGUAAUCAGGGAAAAGAUCCCUCCAUAUAUCAAUUAAACCAACAUCUUCAAAAAGUGUAUUAACUUUCUUAUGUAAAGAUUUUGUUUCAUAGGUUUUUCUAUUGGAAGAGUCUAAGUUUGGUUGUAAUUGUAAAUUUAAGUCUCCCCCACAUAUCAGGAGACCUUCUGUUUCUGUUACCAUAAUAUCAAUAAUUUUCUGAAAGAAACCAGUAUCACUUCCCGGGGGGUGUGUAUGCAUUCAAUAGAAUAACUGAAUUGCCGUCUAUAUUCCCCCUUACCAGAAUAUAUCUGCCCUCUUUAUCUCCCAUUUCUAAUACUUUUUCAAAAUUUAGCUUACUUGGAAUAAGAAUAGCAACUCCUCUCCUAUGUCCUGAUUUAUAUGAGGAGAGAGUGGAAAACAUCAAGUUCCUAGGGGUGCAGAUCUCGGACAAUCUCACCUGGUACAGGAACACCACUGGGAUUGUGAAACGAGCCCAGCAGAAAUUGCACUUUCUGAGGAAGCUUAAACAAGUAUCACUCCCCACUAACAUCUUAACUACAUUCUACAGAGGCGUGGUUGAGAGUGUGCUGACCUUUUGCAUCACAACCUGGGUCUCCAGCUGCAGUGCUGCCAACAAAAAAAGCCUUGCAGAGGGUGGUUAGGGGAGCAGAGAAGGUUAUUGGGGUCUCCCUACCUUCUGUUCAAGACCUUUCUCAGAGUCAAUGCCUUCAGAAGACACAGUACAUCAUUAAAGACCCCUCACACCCUCUCCAUAAACUGUUUGUUCUUCUGCCAUCAGGCAGAAGCUACAGGAGCAUCAAAACAAAAACCACAAGGCUACUAAACAGCUUCCUCCCACAGGCAGUCAGAAUGCUAAAUAGCUGCUCUACCUGACUCUGCUUUGGACACUUUUAACUUGCACUGGACACUUAUAACUUGUUUUUAACUGACAUGUGGCUGUUGUGUUUUACUAUUUAUUGUUAUGUUUAUUAUUUAGUGUUGCGUUUGUUAUGUUAUGAUUGCACUGCUCCUGGGAAACGCUGUCUCAUUCUGCCCUGCAGAGCUGAUGUACG